AUGAAUGAUCUUGUGUACAAGUUUUGUGGAGCUUAUGCGGCUGCAACAAGGCAGAAAACAAGUGGCCAGAACGAGGCUGAUACUGUUAAACUUGCACACAAAAUCUUCUACAAUGAUCACAAGAUUAAAUUUAAUCUUCACCAUGCUUGGGAGGAGCUUAUGAAUGACCAGAAAUGGUGUGAAAUUGCUAGUUCCAAGAUUGAUGGAAGCGGAAAGAAGAGAAAGUAUGACGAUGGAGCACAAUCUGAAAGCUCUCAAGCAACUUCCAAUCUCGGAGAUCAACCAACGAACCGUCCUCCUGGUGUCAAGGCUGCGAAAGGAGCAUCUGGUAAGAGAAGUAUAGCGGAUCACCAGGCUGUCACUCACUUUCAGACCAUGUGUUCUAUUAAGGAGAAAGAUUUGGCGGUUAAGGAGAAAGAUUUGGCGGUUAAGGAUAGAGUUUCGAAGAUGUCUUUGCUUGACAGUCUCAUUUCCAAAAAAGAUUCACUUUCUGAAGCUGAAGAAGCUCUAAAGCAGAAGUUACUAACGGAGGUGCUCAGUAAUUAG